GCUGCUGAAAACUCGCGAAUCACAUCCCGGUGGGACCAGAACCUUCAUUUGCCUGCGCCCUCUUUAAGUACCGGUUGUUCGCGCUCGCAGCCUCCUGCCUCCUGGUGCUGUAGCUCGCGGUGUCGUGGUUGCUUUGUUACUUUGCUUUUCGCCAUGCCUGAUCCGGCCAAGUCCGCGCCAGCUCCCAAGAAGGGCUCCAAGAAGGCGGUCACCAAGGCGCAGAAGAAGGACGGCAAGAAGCGCAAGCGCGGCCGCAAGGAGAGCUACUCGGUGUACGUGUACAAGGUGCUGAAGCAGGUACACCCCGACACCGGCAUCUCCUCCAAGGCCAUGGGCAUCAUGAACUCGUUUGUCAACGACAUUUUCGAGCGCAUUGCAGGCGAGGCGUCGCGUCUGGCGCAUUACAACAAGCGCUCGACCAUCACGUCCCGGGAGAUCCAGACAGCCGUGCGCCUGUUGCUGCCCGGGGAGUUGGCCAAGCACGCCGUGUCCGAAGGCACCAAGGCGGUCACCAAGUACACCAGCUCCAAGUAGAGUCCCCGCUAGUGUGGCGCACGCCAGCCCUCCUACUAUAAAGGCUCUUUUCAGAGCCACCUACAUCCUCACCGAAAGAAGCUGUCUCAA